UCUCAUAUGUUUUCCUUUUCACUUUGUCCAGCUGGCCAAACGUAAAGCAGAUGUUUGUGAUGAAGUGAAGCAAGCUCUCUCUGCCAGGAAAUGGGAUAAAAGAAAACAUAACAUGACGUCUCUCCAAAUGAUGUUUUGUUUCAGGUGACAGGGAGGGACUUCGUCCACACACCUUCGGACCUCUCAGCGUACUUCCUCCAUCAACCGCUGUGAUAUAUAAACCCAGCGCGCCGAACUGCAGCCGAAGUCCUCCUAUAGUUUGCAAGGAGCUACUGGCUAGUCUAGUCUACUGCUGGGAGGAAGCGUCUCUCUCUCUCUCGUCUACUACUCUAACUAGAUCGUUGGAGGAGUGUCGCCUGGCAACGCAGGCACUAGAUACCGCCGCAAAGUAGAAGAUUAAAUCAAGACUAGGGAUAGCCUACAUCCCGUCAGAUAUCUUAAAAGAAGCAAACAUGAAUGUUCCGCACUUUGCCAUAGACGUUCUGCUGUUGUGCAUAUCUUUCGGAGCAAGUGUAUUGGCAGCCAACUCUCCCACCGUGUCCUCGACGUUGCCAGCCACCAAUUUCACCGAACUUGGCGCAGCGUUCAGCCAUGGAGAAGCAGACAGCGAGAAUAUUCCCCUGACCAGGAGGAAGCGUUAUAUUUCCCAAAACGACAUGCUUGCCAUUCUCGAUUACCACAAUAAAGUAAGGGGGAAGGUUUUCCCUCCGGCGUCCAAUAUGGAGUACAUGACGUGGGACGAGACCCUGGCUAAGUCAGCGGAGGACUGGGCUCAUGCGUGUCUGUGGGAUCACGGCCCUCGCCACCUCCUCAGGUUCCUGGGCCAGAACCUCUCUGUCAGGACCGGACGCUACCGCUCUAUCCUCCAGUUAGUGAAGCCCUGGCACGAUGAAGUGAAGGACUAUGUGUUCCCCUACCCCCGGGACUGCAACCCCAGGUGCCCCCUGAAGUGCUACGGACCCAUGUGUACACAUUAUACACAGAUGGUUUGGGCCACAACAAACAAAGUUGGCUGUGCUGUGCACACGUGCCACAAUAUGAACGUAUGGGGGAACGUGUGGAAGCGGGCAACAUACUUAGUGUGCAACUAUUCAUCCAAGGGGAACUGGAUCGGAGAGGCCCCCUACAAAGUAGGCGUCCCGUGCUCUGCCUGUCCCCCUAGCUACGGAGGCUCCUGUUCCAACAACAUGUGCUUCCCAGCCCUCAACACAAACUAUCUGCAAUGGUUCAAAUAGAGCCAGGAGUCCCUGUCCAGACUAAGGCACCGUCCCAAAUCACACGCUAUUCUCUAUGUAGCCCUGUGGACCCUGGUCUAAAGUAGUGCACUACGUAGGGAAUAGGGUGCCAUUUUGGGACGCAGGCUAACAUCAAGCUAACAUCAUGACCCCACUUUACCCCCAAAACAGAGACUUUCCCCCCUGAAGGAUUUGCACAACAGUCCUGAAAACACGCUAUUUUUGUAUAUAUGGGCUUAUUUACGUUGGAAGGUAGCACAUGUUUUAUAAUAAUGUGUACAUAGAAUGUAUAUUAAUGUUGUUUUUACAUUGUUGCUAGAACUGGUGUUUUUGUAUGAUUAUCCUAUGAUGAAUUGGAUUUAUUGAUUGAUUGAUUGAUUGAUUGAUUGAUUGAUAGGAAGAUAAUUUAUCUUGUGAACCGUGUUUAAUUACAGAUAUGGUGCAGAUACUGUUUAAAACAGCAGCGCUACUAUUGCUAGCAAAAACAAAUGAUUGCUAACGAACUGUAAACUAUUUUAGCUGGCUAGCUAAUCAUCUUGGCUAACUGUGGAGCAAAACAAUUCACUUAUUUACCAUUAAUUAGCUACCGCAAAUAUAUUUUCUAACAAAUGCAACGCUAUCUCCUAACCUGCAAGGUGUCUCCAGCGAUGUUUACUUUUUGACAUUCUGUGACGCCUCCAGUUCCAGGCGUAGUACAGUGGGGGAAAAAAGUAUUUAGUCAGCCACCAAUUGCGCAAGU